AUGGCUUUUCAAGGACCUACACCACCAUCUUCCCUUACUCAAAACACCACCCCCUCCAUCCUUGGCCCCUACAACCCAUCUGCCUCUUUCACCUCUUUCGCUCCUCCCUCAACCUCUACCACCACUUGGUAUGCCGACUCUGGUGCCACAAAUCAUAUCACCAACAAUCUUGCAAAUCUCUCCCUUCCUUCUCCUUAUCAAGGUAAUGAAAGUAUCACUGUGGCAAAUGGUCAACACAUGCCUAUCUCUCACACUGGACAACAACACGGGGACAACUCUCUAUCAAGGCCCUACUGA